GCGGCUCCGGGCGGAGUCGGCGGGCGGAGGAUGUGAGCUCACGCUCGGGGAUUGCGGGCGGGCAGGCGGCCGCGGUCCAGGAGCCUGCUAGAGACCCAGCUGAGAGAAGGGAGCGGCGCCCCUGGGGAAGCACUGAGAGUAUGAGGCUCUGGUCUCCACUGGCCACUCACCCGUGACCCCUUCCACCACGGUGGAGCCUUCCAAGCCUACCUCCUGCCGUGUGGUAAUCUACCUGCAGCGGGAGAUGUCGGGGGAUACCUGUCUGUGCCCAGCCUCAGGGGCCAAACCCAAGCUAAGCAGCUUCAAGGGUGGAAGCUUGGGCAACAAGUACGUCCAGCUCAAUGUAGGUGGCUCCCUGUACUACACCACCGUGAGGGCACUAACUCGGCAUGACACCAUGCUCAAGGCCAUGUUCAGUGGGCGCAUGGAGGUGCUGACGGACAAAGAAGGCUGGAUCCUCAUAGAUCGAUGUGGAAAGCACUUUGGCACCAUUUUGAAUUACCUCCGAGAUGACACCAUCACUCUGCCUCAAAAUCGGCAAGAGAUCAAGGAACUGAUGGCUGAAGCAAAGUAUUACCUCAUUCAGGGGCUGGUGAACAUGUGCCAGAGUGCCCUGCAGGACAAGAAGGACGCCUACCAGCCCGUGUGCAACAUCCCCAUCAUCACGUCCCUGAAGGAGGAAGAGAGACUCAUUGAAUCCUCCACCAAGCCCGUGGUGAAGCUGCUGUACAACAGGAGCAACAACAAGUAUUCCUACACCAGCAACUCUGAUGACCACCUGCUGAAAAACAUCGAGCUGUUUGACAAGCUCUCCCUACGCUUCAACGGCCGUGUGCUCUUCAUCAAGGAUGUCCUCGGCGACGAGAUCUGCUGCUGGUCCUUCUACGGCCAGGGCCGGAAGCUGGCAGAGGUGUGCUGCACCUCCAUCGUCUAUGCCACAGAGAAGAAGCAGACCAAGGUGGAAUUCCCAGAAGCCCGAAUCUACGAGGAAACACUCAAUGUCCUACUCUAUGAGACCCCCCGAGUCCCUGACAACUCCUUAUUGGAGGCCACAAGCCGCAACCACAGCCAGACUUCCCCCAGUGAAGACGAGGAGACCUUUGAACUGCGGGACCGUGUCCGCCGCAUCCAUGUCAAGCGCUAUAGCACUUAUGAUGACCGGCAGCUGGGCCACCAGUCUGCCCAUCGGGACUGACUUGACCCUUGGGGGGUCAGGGCGCAGGAGGGCCUGUUUCCCCUCCUAUGGAAUCCCGCCCCAUUGGCCACCCUGUGCUGCCGCCAGCUGGGUCUCUGCUCCAGCACCCAGAGGCAUGACAGGCCCUGCCUGGGAAGUCAGAGGGCCUGGGCAAAGGAGAGACCACAUUUCUUUGCCCUGCUUCCCUGAGCACAGAGGACUGAGUCCUGUCCCCUGCCUGACAGGGAGAGCUUCUGUCCCAUGGGUGAUGGGACCGACUUAGCCACCUCCUGCUAGGCCUCUGCUGAGCAGCCUUUCCCGUACUGAAGGGCCACCCACUAGGUCUCAGCUGAGGUCCGAGGGAAACAGUUCAUUCUGCAGGAAAGGCAGCUUCUGGUGCUGUGGAGGCCCAGUUUCUUACAGAGGGUGGGGCUCCUUUUUCUUCUAAGGUAUUUAAGCACAAGCUAGGUGUUUGAUUUUAAAAAAUAAUUUAGGGAAUGAAUGAAUACAAGUCUAGUAAUGAAGGGACUGGGCAUUUCUGCCACCCCUCCACGAUGCCAAGACCUUGGGUAAGGUAGAGCUCUUGGCCUUUUUCGAUGCCUUGGGAUCUGUUUCUGUAAAGCACUUUGUACUUUUAUCCAGGAGAUUUGUAUUUGCUCUGACACAUGUCCUAUUUUUUCUGACCCUAGUUCCGUUUACCGUGCAAAGCCAGUCUGAAGGAGGGGAUAAACAGGAAGCAAUAAAAACUCACCAGUUCUGGCUUUGCCAGGCUGACCAAGCAGCCAGCCUACAGAGCCCCAUGGAAGGAUUGUAAGUUGGGGCCUGUGGUCCUAGUAGCAUCCCUGUGAAGAGACAUUUUAACCAGACAUUUUAAGAGUCACACAACUGGCUCUUAUAGUCUAACAUGACUGCUCUUAUUUGAUCUUUUUGUCCUUGGGUGCAGUUGGCCCCAAGGCACACUGUCCUCACUGAUUGUAAAGCCAAAGAGUAUAGGGGCCAGGAGCUGCUUUGUCGAGAGCAUGAGAUGGAGCAGGAAGGCUGUGGGGCCAUGGGCACCGCAUAGUGGCAUGGUGCUGGGCUUGCGUGCCCAUCAGCUGAGGGCAGCCCCUGCAUAGAGGGGGCACAUGCUAAGCCAUACUUCCCCCGGCCCAUGCAGUCAGCUGUUGGUUUUGUGUCCUGGCUGGGGAUGGUCAUUCUGCUAAGUGGUGAGUCUCCAAACAGGAUGACCUGAGCAGCCCUAGCCCCUUGAAGGCCUUCAUGCCUUUCUUGUCGGAGGCGCCAGGCACCAGCUUUAAGCAAGAGUGAGUUCUUUGGGGCUUUCGUUUUCAUUCCCUUUCUUUGUUUGGCUUAGCCCUUGGAAGGCAGCUUAUCGGAAUUCUUUUCCAAAGGAAUGCCAGUGGGGAGGGAGCAGUUCUGCCAGCCUAACAAAGCAGCACACCUCUGCUUGGGGAGGGACAUAGGUUAUCAAGCUUAUCCCUCUUGACUGUGUUUGCUGUAGCUAAGCAGCUGCUCAUGGCUGACACCACAGAGCCUAUGGGCAAAUGCUAGGCCCAAGGUUAGUGGACACUCAACCUGAAAUACGAGAUGGGGAGGGAAAUGUCUUUUGAAUCAGGCGUUUUACAUUUUAGUCACAUCUUGAAUGUAUAAACAGUUCUGAGACUCCGGUCAGGCACUUUGGUGAUCAGUACUGGCCCUCACUGGGGUAACAGACGAAGACAAAUCCGUUUGACAAAUUCAGGCUUUAGCUUUGUGGCUAUCCCACAGAGACUGGAAUGUUUCAGCCUGAGGCCACUGCCUUAUUUCCUCAGCUGACCUCUCGAAGUCCUUUAAUACUCAUUCUCAGCUUCCCACUGAGGUAUUUGAAAGUUUGUCCUUUGACCUGUCCAUCCCUGUAGCCUAUGCUUACUGCUUGGACAUUCAGUUCCUCAGUGGUGAUAGUCUGGUACUCUGGGCACUUACUUUCUCUGACUGAAACUAUCUCCUUGGUCUUAAGAAAAACAUUGACAUUGAAUUCACUGAAGUGAUCUUAGCUUCUUUAAUCAGACUUUGUGACUCAAAGGUUUGGGGAGUUUUCUUUAAAGGUUUCCCAGCCCCAUUCAGAAAGCAGCUCAUAAGUGGAUUUUUCAACUCCAGACGGCCCAGGAGAGAGUAAAUAAAAAGUGUGGUGGAAGGUCAAACCUUUCUGUCAGUUGCUGCUGAGAAAACCAGAAGCCUGCUAUCAACACUUACCAGCUUUGGGCUUUGUUGAAUUUGGUAUCUGACCAAGGUCUGCCAGAGGAUGGCACAGAUCCUGGCAAGAGAGAAUCUUUCCUUGAAUCAUGUAACGGAACUACUUUGUGGCUCGGCAUAUCAUGGAAGGAAACACUAAUUUCUAAUAAAACUGUGUUACACUGCAA